AUGGAUAAGUUACGCGGGGUACUGGAUUUCUGCAUCCACCACCAGACCGUUCUGAGUUACAGCUUUGUGUCCCUGCUGACGGCUGCCAGCGAGCACAUCUUCUCAUCCGUGGUGUUCAAGUGUCCCUGCGAUUCUGGGAACAUGCUGUACGGCUCCAUCUUCCUCAUAGUGCCCGCCUUCAUCCUCUUUCUUCUUGGCUACGUGGUGAACCCCAAGACAUGGCAUCUGCUGACUGGCGUCUGCUCUUUGGAUAAGCGGGCAAUCUGCGCCCGUUACUGCCAAACGCUGGUGCUGGUGACAGCCAGCGCAUCGGUGGCCCCGGUCACCUGGUUGGCGGUGGCCCUGCUGGGAGCCAGCUUCUACGAGUGCGCGGCCAGCGGGAACAGCCUGAUAAAGAGCAUCAUGUGUAAAGAUAAAGGACAACAGUGCCAAGAUCUGGUGGCCAAAAUCCCCUGUAAUCCGAAGUUUUCCGAGGAGGUAUCGAAGGAAGCCCUCAGCCUUCAGGCGCAGUCCCAGCUGAUAGGAUGGCUCCUGAUAGUCGUCAUCAUGGCCAUAGCACUGAUCUCAACAUGUGUCAAACGCUGUCGCUCCCCGGUUAGCUAUCUUCAGCACAAGUUCCAGGCAACUUACUUGAAAAAGGAAGAGGAGGUCUUUGAGAGGAAGGUUCAAGAGCAUGCAACCAGGCUGGCAGAAAGAAAUGUGGAUGACUUUUUUGGAGGCACUGACCCAGCAUCAUUUACGACUCCCAGCAAUACAGACUGGCAGAACAUUUCGCUCCUCUAUACCUUCGAUCCGCAAAAGCAGUAUUACAGCAUGUUACACGCGUACGUUAACGAAAGGAGAGGCAGCAGCAACAGGGUCAUGCAAGGAGAUCAGAAUCUCCUUGUUUCAGAGUUGGUGGAUGAAACAAGUGCAAGAGAAUCAGGGUUUUAA